AUGGAGACUGCACAAUCAAGUAGACGAAAAGCGUGCGAUUUUUGCUCGUCGCGGAAAAUUAAAUGCGACGGGCGCAAACCGGGCGCAAAGUGCUCUAAUUGCAGCGUAUAUGCUGUGACUUGCCAGACGACAGUAACAAGUCGAAGAAAGGCGCCUCGGAAUGGCGGAAUCACCCCGGCGCCCUCAAGCCAAUCUGAGGCCCAACCCGAUCGUGUGGCUGCUCUUGAAGAGCGCUUGGCUAACAUUGAGGCUCUCUUGACGGCGCUUGGAGGGCGAGUACAGCAAACACAGCCAGGACUCGACAUUUCUCUCAGCGAUAUUGAUGUCUCUGGGCCUUCCAGUGGUUGGGGCAUUUCGCCAAUUCAGACACCGCUUGACGUAGCCCACCGCCAACCCACAGCCAUCUCAAAUGCGGGCUCUCAAUUGACCAAGGCUGCCAUCUCAGAUCAGCUCCAGCUCGCUCCUCUAUCGGACGUCCUCCCGCUCGUAGACAAUUAUUUCCGCAAUUACAACAGCAUAAUUCCACUGUUCGAAGAGAAUUCAUUCAUGCGCAUGCUUCUCGAUUGGUACUCCUCAUCCACAAAGCGCUCCACGGUCGCAUGGGCUGCUAUAAAUGUCGUCCUGGCCAUCAAUUAUCGCGUCCUUGAGGGAAAGACAAUGGACGACCCUACAUUUUCCCAAAGUAUCCGUAAUGUGCGCUCUGUAAUGUCGGAGUUGAUGAUGCAGGGCCAAGAUUUGAUGGGACUGCAAGUGCUACUGGGCAUGGUGAUCCUGUUUCAAGGGUCUUCAGAGUUCCAACUCGCUAUUGUUUUAAUUGGGAGUGUCAUUCGGCUUGCACAAAGUCUACGGUUGAACUCGAAGAAGGCAUUGGCAGGACUCCCGAAAUCGGAACAGGCACAUAGGACUCACAUGGACCUACCAGAAUUGAAUCCUGAAGAAAAUCUUGGCAUCAUCACCUCAUCAACCGACACAAUUCGUUUCAACUGCCUCCGUUCAUGCGCCAAGUUUGCAUUCAUCCAAGGAAAAGCCUAUGAUCUUCUCUACAGCCAAAAGUCGCAUACCCUCACACCAGAAGGGAAAGCCAGAUCAAUUGCUCUGAUAGAGGAAUUGCUUAAAGACUGGGUGGACGAGAUACCCCCAGAGCUUCGUACCAGAGAAGGUAUUGACAAGAGGUUAUCGGUAUCCCUAUUAGCGAGAGAUAUGAUGACGAACCUAUGGUCUCGUCAUAUUGAGACCCGGAUCAAAAUUCACUCGAUAUUUACCUUUGAAGAUACAUGGAUCAAUAGAGUGCGGCGGUAUCUCUCACCCGCGGUGAUAGAUAUCAGCGACGACGUUGAUGGGGAGGUUAAAAGAGCAGACCUUACACCUCUACCAGCAGGAUGGGACGAAUGCGUCGGUAAUGCUCGAGUUUGUCUGGAAUUAAUCAGUUCGUCAAAACUGACAGAGUAUAUUCUAUGGCUUCAUACAUGCACCGCACUCCCAUGCUUGAUCCUCAUCAUAGUCAACAUGAUUGAGUUUCCAGACCAUGAUCUUGUGGUCCAGGAUCGAAAUCUUCUGGAUAGUUGUUUUGGAGUUUUUGAUGGUGUGAUGAAAUAUCUGCCGAAAGAGCCAUUUGACACAAUACUAUCUAUCUCUCAUCAGUUGGAUCGAAGGGCUAAGGGGCAAGUAUACCGCACUACGUUGGCGAAGGGGGUUAUGUCCUAUGAAGGUGACUUUCAGAUGACUCCUUCGACCGCGUGGGCGCUUUUGGACGAUAUCGAGUUUCAGUGA